AUGGUACAGCUGCGGCAAGGCCAAGACCACAUUCAACAGAAUCCACAUCCUGGUGUGCUACGGACAAGGCAUAGGGUGCUGAUAAAUGGUGAUGUGUUUCUGCUCGGUGCCGUCAUUGAUCGGAGCUAUUAUGGAGACAGCAGGACGCACCCACGACCAUCAGGCUGCAAAAUUAUGGAGGAAGAGAAAAGCGUUCUUCCCGGCACCUCCCAGGGUGUCGGCGCGCUUGAGACAGAAUAUCUGAAAUCCAGGUGCCCCAGGCACCAACCAGCCUCCAUGCUCUCGUCACGGCUGCAAGCCCCGCCAUCUGCAGAAAUGAUCAGCUGGACGGACAAAGAUCGAGAUGGGAAUCUACAGAAGCAGGACGAAGAGAAGGCUUGCAUGUGCCUCUGGCCAAUCUCAAUUGCUGCCUGA